AUGGCCGAGAAAAAGAUUGUUGUCGUAGGAGCGGGUGUUGCUGGCCUGACCACAGCGCUCCUGCUGUCCCAGAAUCCUCGAUACAAAGUCACUAUUGCUGCAAAGCACAUGCCGGGAGAUUAUGACAUCGAAUAUGCCUCGCCCUGGGCUGGCGCAAACUACAUGCCCGUGUCGGCAAGGGGGACACCCGCGGAAGAGUGGGAUAGGAACACCUGGCAGCCUCUUUUUGACUUGGCCAAGAACCAUCCCGAGGCGGGGAUUCACUUCCAGAGAACAGAAAUCUACAACCGGAAAAAGGACGUCUCUUCGGCGACGGCGGCAUGGUUUUCUGAGCUUGUCAGUCCCGAUCCAUGGUUCAGCACCCUCUUUGACGAUUUUCGCCAAAUCCCCAAGUCGGAGCUGCAGCCUGGGAUCGAUAACGCCACGUGUUUCACGUCAGUCUGUAUCAACACUGCGAUAUACCUGCCCUGGCUCGUAUCCCAAUGUCUAAAGAAUGGGGCCACGGUCAAGCGGGCGGUAUUCAAACACAUUGCAGAUGCCGCCGCCCCUGGCAUCCAUCAUUCAGGAUGCGCUGCAGACCUAGUGGUCAACUGUACCGGGUUAUCGGCGGCUAAACUCGGCGGCGUUCAGGACAAGACGGUCGUUCCUGCUCGAGGUCAGAUUGUUGUUGUCAGGAACACGGCGCCCGCGAUGUAUGGAACGUCAGGGACAGAUGACGGCCCGGAUGAAGCCUGCUACAUCAUGACUCGGGCUGCUGGUGGCGGCACCAUUCUGGGCGGUUGUUAUCAAAAAGGUAACUGGGAGUCGCAGCCUGACCCGAACCUUGCAAUCAGAAUCAUGAAGCGAUGCGUCGCCAUCUGCCCCGAAUUGACCGGAGGUAAGGGCAUCGAGCACCUCGACAUAAUUCGACAUGGCGUGGGCCUCCGACCCGUGCGAGAAGGAGGAACCAGAAUUGAGAAGGAGAAAAUCAACGGUGUCUGGACAGUGCACAACUACGGUGCAGGUGGCGCGGGCUAUCAGUCGUCGUAUGGUUGCUCCCAAGCAGCUGUAAAAUUGGUCGACGAAGUUUUCGAGGACAAGGCCAGGUUAUGA